AUGGCUGACGGGAAAAUGGGGGAACAAGGAAGGGGGGUGGCGGGAAACGGGAAACGGGAAGGGAAACAAAGGAGGGGGAAACGGGAGGGGGGUGGCGGGCAGGAGGGUGGCAUGCAGAAUGGGAGGUGGAAGGGGCAGGGAAGAUGGCGGGGCAGCGGGGGAAGGGGGAAGGGGCACAGGGGAAGGGGAAGAGGGCUGCGGGAAGGAGGGGGUGGCGGAGCAGAGGAUUGGCAUGCAAGGGGGAGGGGAAAGGGGCAACAGCGGGAUGGCGCGGCAGCAGGGGAAAGGGAGUGGCGCGGCAGCGGGGAAGGGCUAGCGGGGGAGGGGGUGGCGGGAACAUAG